UCGGAGAAGCCCUUCUGCGGAUCUUGGAACCGUCUGCUCAAUACUCUAUUCCCUGUCGACACCAUGUUCGAAGUCGCCCCUCAGCUUCCCGCGGUCACAGCAUGCAAGAGGGUCGACUUCGUUGUCCUUCUCAUUCACGUAUGUGCGACCCCUGUCCUCAUAGUCGAGGUCAAACCACCCGCU